CAUCAAUCAGCCAGACUUCACUGUGAGCUGGAGCAUGCGCAGUGCUUUGUGUUAUUGUUGGAAGCAAAUGAACGUCGUCGCAAUGUUGCAUUUUGAGACGAAUGAGACUGAAAACCGGAUCUGUCUUUUUACCUUCACAGAUGCUGCCAGACCUGCUGAGCUUUUCCAGCAACUUUGUUUUUGUUCCUGAUUGACAACAUCCCAGUUCUUUUGUUAUUUUUUAAUAAGUCGCGAUUGAAAAGGCUUCCUGCAGCUCAAAGCUAAAGGUUUGACGAUACUUCACCUUUCUCAUUCCUCAGACUCCAACCCACUUUGAUUCUGAAAGAUUUGACUGUUAUUUCCGGUCAGUCAGCUUGCCGAAGCAGUCAGAUUUCCGUCAUACUACUCUGAAUAAAAAUGGCAUCAGGAGAUGAGCUUCCAUCACAUCUCACUGUCGAUACCUCCAACGUUCAAAUUCUUAACUCUGAGACCUCAAAAAGACUCGUCGAAAAUUUUGUAAUCGCUCUCAUGAACAAGGAGCGUUUCUACAUCCGCACAUUCUUUUCGACAUACAAAGCAUAUACCACUGCUGAAAGUGUGUUGUACAUCCUCCUGGACAAAUAUGGAAGCUUUGACACCUCAGAGGCAGAAGAGAUUCCAGUAAUCGAUUCAGUGAGCACAAACAGCGGAAACAAUGCUAACAUUCCGAGCUGUGAGGAGCUUGAAAAUCCAAUUCCUGUAGAGACAGUUGCUGAGAUCAGAAAGUAAGUAUUGAUCCAAUGUAUGAGGAAAUGAUGCUUUAAUCAGAAUACAACUAUGUGAAGGGCAACCUCUGGAGGCCGCCAUUUUCAGGAACAUUAUUUAGAGACUUUCUCCUGAAACUUAGCAGCAUCUGUGGUGAGAAAACA